AUGGAAGAACGAGAUGCACCCGUCUAUCUCAGGUUAUCGGCAGGAGAGACUGGACGUCGUGGUCAAUCGACGCUACAAGUUCGUCUGGGGGUGUCACGCGAGAGCAGCAUCUUGGUAAACAUUGCACUCACCACCAAUAUCAGACCUUCGUCGCUUGAGGAGGACCCCUUUGUCUCUGUCGUCUCCAGGACCAAAGACUGGCUGCAAUGCUGCCGUAAAGAGCACCAGUGCAGCCUCCUGACUCAAUCUGGCGAGCACCCAAGACGACUGAUUGAGAUUGUGUCCGAAACGACAUUGAGACUGGUCGAUACGUCGGAGUUGCCAGCCGGCAAGAAACUUGACUACGUCGCCUUGAGUUAUUGUUGGGGCCAGGGACAUUCUCGAGGUAGGACCACGCCGUGCAAUCUUGACAAGCGCAAGAUUGGAUUCGAAAUCUCAGAGCUCCCGAAAACUAUACGGGACGCUUUGAGUCUGGUUCGAAGACUCGAACUGAGAUAUAUGUGGGUUGAUCAAGUCUGUAUCUCCCAGAAAAUCCAAAGGGACCAAAACACGAUUCCGCAAGGCGACGAUGAGGGUGAUGGCUUCGAUGAUUGUAAAGGGGAUCACUGUUCAGCUUGCAACCAUGAUGCCGGUGAGGAUUGGGACGCCGAAGCUUCGAGGAUGCAUGUCAUCUACGGCAACGCCGUCUUUACUCUGUGCGCAUGUUCAAGCAAAAGCUCCAGGGAUGGCCUCAUUUGGCCUCGGAAGGCGUGGAUUCACAAAGUUGUUCCUUUCUACUUUGAAGGUCAAUGGCUCGUCAACUACGACAUGAGUCUCAACCAAGUGAGGGCAACCGCACCAUUGUCCAAACGCGCGUGGACUCUCCAAGAGGAGCGACUGUCCCCCAGACUAUUAUACUACUGCAGUCAGAGGGUCUACUGGUCUUGUGUUGAGAAGCAGAGCACAGAGAUCGACAUCCGUAGCGCAGGGAAGCACGAUGGCGGUGGUGCCGCCCCGUUCGAAGACGAGAACGGAUUCGAACAGAUGAGCGUGGCCCAGGUCUUCAUCAACUCUCGCUUUGCAGGGGAACGAGCUCGCUUACACCAGGAAUGGAGUGAUGUUAUCGAGGCUUACUGCCCACGAGAGAUCACCAAAACAACAGACCGAUUUCCGGCCAUUUCUGGUCUGGCAGCACAAUAUCUCUCAACUUAUGUCACUCCAGACCAGGAAUAUCUCGCUGGGCUUUGGCGCGACACAUUUCCCGAGGACCUAGCGUGGUCGGUCGGGACGGCCGCUGACCCGCGGAAAGCCCUCGUUGAUAUUGCGCCCAGCUGGUCUUGGGCAUGCCUUCCUGUCGGGACCUACAUUAGCACCAAGCAGGACUUCAAACGGAGCAAUGGGUUUGAAGUGCUUGGAGUACCUGUCGCUAGAAAGAACCCCAAAGAGCGCGAAGAGAAAGACCGGAAUGUUCUCCAUGCUUGCCAGGAGGGGGCAAAGAGGAAAAGUGUCUCUGUGAGAGGAUACCUGCGACAGAUCAUACACCCAGAGUCAGAUCGCGUUGACUGGUCCGAGAUAACAGCACGCAGUGGGCAGAACAAGUACGAUCUCUCAAAAUACAUUGCUCGCCACGUCCACGCACGAAACCCCGAAGAUGGUCAGAUGGUCAUAUGCGAGCCCAACAGGCAACCGAUUGAAGCACAACUGGACUACUUCCUUCCCCCGGACGGCAGCAUUGAUCGCUCCAAUGCGGAAAUUCAUGUGGCAGCUGGUGUGGAGAGGGACCUGUAUGGUUUGCAAAUAGGUCAAAGGGUAAUGCUCUUGCUCCAGUUCAGGCUCUGCUGCAAGAAACCGCAGGAAACAUACCAAUCAGAUAUUCACACCGGGAGCCCUUCUUGGUCAACUGUCUUCCGACGGGUAGGAAUCUGUCGAAAUGUCCGCGAGACUUUCUUUGAGGGCGCCGAGUUGGUCCAACUUGAGCUCGAAUGA